AUGGAUGUCAACUUCUACGAUCCUGCGAGACACAUUCCGGAGCAGUCGGGGAGAGUCUUCAUCACCACUGGUGGAACCGCUGGUUUAGGGAAGCUCGCCAUCCUUGCCCUUGUCGGUCGCAAACCAGGUCAUAUCUACUUCGCCGGCAGAAACAAGUCGGCUGCGAAGUAG